UUUUUAUUUACAAUUUACGAAUCACCCUGUAAGAGUUAAACUUACAUAACCUCAAAAAAGAUCAAACUAAAUGAGGGAAUACACCAGUUUUAUUUGAAUUUAAUUUACCAUGAGUGAAAUUGAAAAUUCCGACCCUUGCGGAAUAUGUGGCGAGGCCCAUCGAUAUUCUCAAUGCGAAUGUGUACCCUUCACAAAACAUAUACCUGACAAAGUAGCUCUGACUAGAGCUCGUGCAACCUUACCGGAAGUUGUUAACAUUCGAACAAUGGCAGACGGCACCUACGCGAUUUGCGCUAAUACGUUCAUCGGGAAAGGCACCCAAUUAGGACCGCUGGAAGCGCGAACAUUAUUAACUUUGAAUCCCAUUAUAACAUUUCCUUUAAAAUUGUUUAGCACUAACGAAGAGGAUCUCUCAGGGUAUUACUUAGAUACUGCUGACGAAUACUGCUGUAACUGGAUAAUAUUUAUAUCACCUGCGCAACAUGCGGAAGAACAAAAUGUGAUUUGUUUUCAGCAUAAAUCCGAGAUUAUCUACAUGUGCCUUAAGGACGUCCAUCCUGGAGAUUAUUUAAAGGUUUGGUACUCCGAUUACUAUGGAAAGAAAAUGGGAAAGAAACCACUAAUGCCUUAUAGCCUUUCUAUUCCGACCAAAAACACUGAUAUGCCAAAGGAGCCUGUUGAUAUGAAUAAGUUGCUGAAGGAGCAACAGAAAUUAGUGGACCGAGAAAAUUGGACGUGUAAGUUUUGCGGUAAAUUAGAGAACGACAUUGCACGUUUUUCCAAUCACAUCAUUGACCAUUACACCCGAAAAAAAGUAAAUGUAAAUUGCGAUGAGUGUGAAGGAACUUUUUCGACAAAAAAGAAUUUAAGGGUACACAUGCGAAAAGUACACAACAAAUCAAUUGCAAAGGAAGAGCACAAAAGUUCCGAGACUGACAAUGUGAAACCAAAAGAAUCCAUAGUGGGAGGACCGUUAUUAAACUCUUUAUUAGCAGAUAGUUUGGAUAAUACCAAUCUAAUGUUGUCAAAUAUGGAUUUAAAUUUAAACGUUUUGGAGAAUGACGCCCUUAGUCUAGCUGUUGAUAAUCUGUUGACUGAAAACGUGAAGGAGUUAGAUCAUUUCAAUUUCGAUAUAACUGAGACUCAAGAACAGUUUGUUUGUGACAUUUGCUUGAAGGUGUUUACCAAGUUACGAUAUUUAAUCCAACAUUUAAGGACGCACACCGGCCGGUUUACUUGCACUUAUUGCUUGAAGAUAUUUUGUCGCAAAGAAAAUUUGAUCAUGCACAGUUGUGAGAGAGAUACAAGUCUUAUACACGCGUGCACAAUUUGUGGUAAAACUUUUUCCUCGGAAAAAUACUUAGAUCGACAUACGAAUCUUGUGCACAAAGGAGUGUAUUUAUGUGAAAAGUGCAAUAAGAAAAAUCACUCCCAAAAAGAUUAUAAGAAUCACAAUUGUACUGCUCUCUCCAAUAGUGCAAAGCAGGUUUUCCCAUGCAGUACCUGUGGUAAGAAAUUCUUUCACAUUCGCUAUUUACGAAAACAUGCGAAGAGGCACAAGCAAAAAGAAAAGGUGGCACCAUUGAAUGAAAAUUUUACAUGUGAGGUUUGUGGUGCUAACCAUAAGACUCGCGCCGGCUUGUUCCUACAUAAAAAAACGCACAGUAACCCAUCAUUCCAAUGCCCACUGUGUGAAAAGAAGUUCCACAAAAGUGACACGCUUCGUGAACACAAGCUGUACCGACACUCAGAUCAAAAGGUCACAUGCACCAUUUGCAAAAAGGAACUUAAAAAUGAGCGUAUCUUGAAAGUUCAUAUGAAACUUCACACAAAUUUAAACACAUACAAAUGCGAUAAAUGUCCCUGCAGUUACGCUCAAGCUUCCAGUUUAAAGGCGCACAAAUUUACCGUUCAUUUAAACCGCUGCAAAGUAUGUCAUAAGGAAUUUCCAUCCGCCGAUCUCCUAGCGAUCCAUCAGAAAUCGCACGUCCUCAAAGAAUUCUACGUCUGUCCGAUUUGCAGCAAGUGCAUGAAGCUGAGAACCUCGCUCGUUCGACAUAUCAAAAAGUUCCAUCCGGACCAAGAUCAUGUCGCCCUCGUAGCCAAAAUGCAGGCGACUCCCGCCGAUCUGGUUCUACCAUCUGAAGAACAGAGCGAUAAGGAGAACGUAAUCGCGGAACAGUCGACCCUAUCCCAACUCGUUUCCACCCAUGAAUCGGACGACUCCAAUUUUGAUAGCAUCGUCGAUAACUUCGAGAACAUCAUGAACAGUUACAAUGUAAAUAGUAACGAUAAUUUGUCAUUGACCGCCUAUACUGAUCCGAAAACAAGCGACGACCGGGAGAUGUUAGAUUUCACCGAUUUGCAGAUGGAUAUUGAGAGUAGUUUUGAUGUUGGUUCUAUCGGUAUUAGUAACCAAGACAUCUGUUUGUCUAUGCCCGAUUUAACAGAAGCUGAUCAGGAGAUUAUGUUGGGUGAUAAUGCAUUUAUUAUGGAGAAUGGGACUAUUGUUGAACCAAAGGAUCAAGGGAACGUACUUGUAUAUGUUUUGGAUAAAAAUCUUUAGUUUUUUCAUUUUUUGUUCAUUAUUCUCGUAUUGAAGAGUUAAUUUUUCGUUUGGGAUUAUAUUUUAUUUUCGUAUUCAUUUAUUUUAGUCUAUGAAAUCACCUUGUAUGUGCCCUAUUUUUUUAUUAAAUGGAGUUUUUCAAGUAA